AUGUCGUCAUCUUCCCCACAGUCCUUCACCUUCGUAUACAAGCAUGUCCAAGGCAUCGACCUCUCCAUGGACUUCUACCUUCCCCCCGUAUCUGCCUUCAACGCUUCCUCGGCUGAAGACAUCCACAUCCCGGCCCUUGUGUACUUCCACGGCGGUGCUCUGACGGUAGGAAACAGGCAGAGCUGGUUCCCCGCCUGGCUGCAGAGACGGAUCACUGCUGCUGCGUGUGCCUUUGUUACUGUCGAUUACAGACUGAUGCCUCCAGCCACCGGACACGACAUCCUUGCCGACGUCCAGGACGUCUUUCGCUUUCUCUCGGUCGACAUCAAUCCUCAGUUACGUCUGCGUUACAACGAGCAUCCGUUCAUUCUCGUCGAUUCCGCAUCCAUCGCUGUCGCUGGCAGCAGUUCCGGUGGCCUGUGUGCCUAUCUUGCCGCGAUGCACGCGUCCCCGAAACCCAAUGCGGUGCUCUCCAUGUAUGGCAUGGGUGGUAAUUUCCUGACUUCGCAGUACUUCACCCCGAAGAGCGAGGUCUUCUUCCGCGGCCGCGAACUGCUCGACCCAUCCCAGUUCUCUGAGUAUCUCUACCCCUCGUCGGAGCGCCUGUCGCCGACUGCCGACUCCCCGCUCGCCUACCACCCACAGACGUACACGAUCCCCGGCUACCCCGCGAACUCUCGCAUGCUGCUCGGACGGCUCUACCUGCAGCUCGGCGUGUACCUCGACUACUACGCGGGGAUCCACCAGCCGAGCCUCAGCGCCGUUCUCCGUGAGACAGUCGCAGACACGCCGCACGACGCGCGUGAGCUUCGGCGCAUGCAGUUCGACGACGUCUGCGGGGUCCUCUCUCCCCGUGAGCGAGUGCUACUUCCCCAGUUCGGGGUGAUGCGCGGUUGGCCGCCGUGUUUUCUCGUGCACGGCGAGGCAGAUUCGGCUGUCCUAGUGCACGAGUCAGAGCAUAUGCAUGCGCUGCUGCAGGAGGCUGGCGUGGACGUGAUUAUGAAAGUAAUUGCCGGUGAGGAGCACUCGCUAGAUUACCAGAAGGACGCCGACGAUAAAUACGGUGGACCGGGCGGCCUAUUCGAUGAGAUUGCAGACUUCUUAGUGAGACAAUUGAAGGGCAAUAUGCAGUAA